GUCUGCGGCUCCCACUCUCAGAGGGGACCUAGAGUACUGAGGGAGAUGGUAUCAGGGACAUGGACUCCAACCCCCAAGGGUCUCUGCUGCCGGCUACUCUUCUCUACAGGCUCUGGGACCCUGAGAACCUAGAGGAUUCUGGACAUCCAUCUCUCCGGGAAGAUUAUAACUCAGAGUGCUCCUCAGAGGGAAGAAUUUGAAGCAAAACCAGACCCCGCAGGAUCCCCGCUGCGGCCGCCAUGGCGCAGGAGAACGCAGCUUUCUCUCCCGGGUCGGAGGAGCCGCCGCGACGCCGCGGUCGCCAGCGUUACGUGGAGAAGGACGGACGCUGCAACGUGCAGCAGGGCAACGUCCGCGAGACCUACCGCUACCUGACCGACCUGUUCACCACGCUGGUGGAUCUGCAGUGGCGCCUCAGCCUGCUCUUCUUCGUGCUCGCCUACGCGCUCACCUGGCUCUUCUUCGGCGCCAUCUGGUGGCUCAUCGCCUACGGCCGCGGCGACCUGGAGCACCUAGAGGACACCGCGUGGACCCCGUGCGUCAACAACCUCAACGGCUUCGUGGCCGCCUUCCUCUUCUCCAUCGAGACAGAAACCACCAUCGGCUAUGGGCACCGUGUCAUCACCGACCAGUGCCCCGAGGGCAUCGUGCUGCUGCUGCUGCAGGCCAUCCUGGGCUCCAUGGUGAACGCUUUCAUGGUGGGCUGCAUGUUCGUCAAGAUCUCGCAGCCCAACAAGCGCGCCGCCACGCUCGUCUUCUCCUCGCACGCUGUGGUGUCCCUGCGCGACGGGCGCCUCUGUCUCAUGUUUCGCGUGGGUGACCUGCGAUCAUCGCACAUCGUCGAGGCCUCCAUCCGCGCCAAGCUCAUCCGCUCACGCCAGACGCUCGAGGGCGAGUUCAUCCCUCUGCACCAGACCGACCUCAGCGUGGGCUUCGACACGGGGGACGACCGCCUCUUCCUCGUCUCACCUCUCGUCAUCAGCCACGAGAUCGAUGCCGCCAGCCCCUUCUGGGAGGCAUCGCGCCGCGCCCUCGAGAGGGACGACUUCGAGAUCGUAGUCAUUCUCGAGGGCAUGGUGGAGGCCACGGGAAUGACAUGCCAAGCUCGAAGCUCGUACCUGGUCGAUGAAGUGUUGUGGGGCCACCGAUUCACAUCUGUGCUCACCCUGGAGGAUGGUUUCUAUGAGGUGGACUACGCCAGCUUCCACGAGACCUUUGAGGUGCCCACACCCUCGUGCAGUGCUCGGGAACUGGCAGAAGCUGCAGCCCGCCUUGAUGCCCAUCUCUACUGGUCCAUCCCCAGCAGACUGGAUGAGAAGGUGGAGGAAGAAGGGGCUGGGGAGGGGGCAGGUGCAGGAGAUGGGGCUGACAAGGAGCAAAAUGGCUGCCUGCCACCCCCUGAGAGUGAGUCCAAGGUAUGACUGGUUUUCUCCAACCUCCUGUGGCAGACCAGGGGGCCAGACACAGGUACAUGGGAAGCUGUAGAGUGGAUAUGGAAGAAGAGGAGGCAGGUAGUGUCCCAAGGAAUGGCUAAAGUUGGGGAGAGGCCCACUGAGUCCAGGAUCCAGUAGGGAAGGACCAGGUCCUGGUUUGAAGAGACUAGAAGGUUGGGGGGUGAGAGAACGAAUCAGUCUGUCUGUGUUUGACCUUCACAUCUGUUCAUGGGUGGAUGGUUGGACAGAAGAGGAGCUCAUGAUGGUUGAUUGGGAAGGUGGGGCAAAUAGAGACAGCCAAUGGAUAGCGUGGGUGGUAAAUGGAUUGACAGUUGGCCACGUGCAUCACACCUUUGUGAGAAAUCUACAGGCAGCCUUUUCUUCCAGAUAUAGAAAGUCUCAAACUAGGAUACAUGGCUUAUGGAGCAGGCUGUCAGGUGGAUUGCAGUCCCCACUCACUCCCUCAACUGGCCUCCCUAUGCGUGACAUGCCUAACUAGACAAAGUGGCCACAGAGAAGAGAGUACUGGGUAGAGGUGAGCACAGAUGUGGGUGCCCUCCCCAGCUUCACUGUUCCAUGGUGAUAGGUCAGAAAGGUUCCAAAGGCCUUAAUCCUCCGGUCAUAGGCAAACAAGCAGUGGGGAUAGAUGCUGAGCAGGGGCCCUGAAGCAGGACCCGGGGAGACCCAAGGACCAACUAUUUUGUGGGAGAGGAAUGCAACCUUGAAGGUACUAUCACAGAAGCAAGAAGGCAGAGAGAGAUUCUGAAGCAGAAGAAAAGCCAUGGGAG